UUGUCAAGAUGAAGUUUUUCUUGUUAGUGGUGAUUGCUGUCUUCAGCUGUGCUGCGGGCCAGAAGUACUUCUUUCGCAGCGACUACAACUUCGUACCGGAGUUCAGCAGCUGGCUGAAGUUCCACCGCGAACCCCUGCCUUGGCACCUCGCGCGCCGGACAUGCGAAUACGAAGGGUCCAAGCUUGGCACGCCAAUAAACAAAGAAUACGUGACGAUGUAUAAGGAUGUGAUGUCCACAUACAACGUCAGUGAUUUGUACACCGGCGUCCAUGCCACCUUCGGCCGUGGGAAUUACUUCACCAUCGACGGCAAACCAUUCUCGGGUCAGCACAUGUGGCGGCGCGAUGGAUUGAAAUACUCCCGCGAGGCACGCUGCGUCACCUUCGACAGUAACGGCCAACUGGCCAGCGUCAGCUGUGACGAUGAUUAUCCCUUCAUCUGCUCCAAGAAGUUCGUUCAUCUAAAGACCACUGAGUGUGGGACCACUGAUCCAGCAUAUACAUUAGACAAAUCCACCGGCAGCUGCUACAAGCUGCACCGCAAGCACGAGGACUGGAACACCGCAGUGAUGGUGUGCACCGCUGAGGGCGGCUACCUGGCCAUCCCGUCUGAUGCCAGCGAAGCCCAGCUAUUGGCCAACAUAGCCACCGAUGAUGAAACUUAUAUCGGAUAUUUGAAAUGGAAAGAAGCGAACAUGGAUGAGUCUGAAUGGUAUACAGUGCACGGUGAACUCAUCACAUACAACCGAUGGGACGAGCCGGGCGCCAGCAUUAACUACUGUGGGGCUAUCCAAAAAAAAUCUGCUCUGCUGACAAAACUUAAUUGCAACUGGAAGAAUCCCUUCAUCUGUGAGAAAAAGGUUGAUAGUCUGUCGCUCCACAGCCGAAAUCCACAUGAAUAAAUGAAAGAACAUCAACAGGCACUACGAAAACGAUUGACAUAAUAUUAAUAAAAUCAAAAUCAACGAAUUUUUACAUAUUAU